GCCCACACGAGCUCAGGGAAAGGCGCCCACACACGCAUGCAUUUACUGCACACAUGCUGAGACAGCCAACUUCUACAUGCUGAUGCAUCAUAUCCAGAGAGGUUUAUUUGACUGGGAUAUUGUUCCCGCUUUGUUCCUGGAGUUUGUCGGGGCAAAGAGGAAGAUGAUUAUGCUGAAAUCCAGACUUGGGCGCUUGGAGAAGGAGUUCCCGGGCCGUAUGAUUGCUAAGCAAUAACCGCCAUGCAGCCAGUAAUCAGCUAAGUACCAUAAUCCUCCUUGCAGGGUAAAGUCGUGUGUGACCUCCCAACUAUAUACAGCCUGUGAUAACAGCAUUAAACGGUAACACCGCUCUCCAUUCCCAGAAGCCUUUGCACCUCAUGCAUUCAGGCCUUUCGGCACCCUUCGGCACCUCUCGGCCCACUUCGGCUUUCUAGAAUUGGCUCUUUGCUCCGGUGUGGCCUGCGUCUGCGAGAGCAUGCUGGGAGGGGUGGAGAACGCACUAAGCUAGCAGCUACUGUGCUACGGGACUAGUGCAUGCGUUUCCUGUAGCCGUGACCUUGUUUCCCCCCUGGCCGGACCUCUUCUGUCCCUUCAGCAGCGUGUGGUGCAUUUGCGUUUGAUGCAGCCGCGCGGUCGACAUGCUCGCGCCCGCAGCCCAGAUGUGCAGCUCUUGAGUGACAGAAACAGAAGCCCAUCAGCAUCCAGGGACCCCAACGCGGCAUAUAACCAAAGGGAGGGGGAAGGAGGACUGCAGUAUGCCCCGGCUGAAGGAGGCAUGCCCCGCUCUCCGUCCGACUACGGUCGUGACCCUGGCCAUUCGCCGAGGAGUUCAAGAAUGUACAAUGAGGUGGGCGGUUAUCAAGACAGCCGAGUACGCUGGCACUCGCAAGGCCAGCGUUUGGACGGCCAGCUAGAGGACUAUGAACUCCAAAGACGCCGUGAGGAGGAAUACCAGGCCCGAUACCGCAGUGACCCCAACCUGGCGCGCUACCCAGUCAAACCCCAGCCCUACGAGGAGCAGAUGCGCAUCCAUGCCCAGGUGUCACGGGCUCGGCACGAGCGGCGUCAUAGUGACGUCUCGCUCGCCUAUACAGAACUUGACGAGCCUCUGCAUGGGCCCGGUGGGCGGCACUCGCGCCUCCCUCUGUUGGGAGGCCCAAGUCAACGCUCGUACUCAAUGGACAGGAGCUCACCGGGACAUCGGAUGUCGAAUCAUAGCCCACCAACACCACACCGCAGCCCCGUGCUGGGCGAUAGCCGGCGAGGACUGGUGGAGCCAAUGAGGAAACCCAUACCCCAACAGCACCACUUGGACCCUAGCUCAGCCAUGCGCAGGAACAGUCGGGACAAAACGGAUAGCAUGCUACGAAACGAUUCUCUGAGCUCGGACCAAUCCGAGUCGGUUCGGCCUCCUCCACCUCGACCGCACCGCAGCAAACGCCUUGGCAAGCUCAGAACCAUGGGCAGCUUCAGCAGCUCAGAAGAGGAGCUGGCAACCACGCCAGAGUACACCAGCUGUGAGGAUGUGGAGCUGGAGAGUGAGUCCUUCAGCGAAAAAGGCAACAUUCAAAGGGGAAAAAGAAAAACAAAUGAGCAGACAUAUUUUUUGGACGCCAGUUAUGCCCCGUCUGAGAGGCAAAAGACAGAGGUGCGAUUUUGGGAGCGCUCCCACGAUGAAGAUGCGGAGUGGUGCGAGCCGCAGGUCAAAGAUUCAGGGGUUGACACGUGCAGUAGCACCACGCUAAACGAGGAGCAUAGCCAUAGCGACAAGCACCCGGUGACAUGGCAACCAUCCAAAGAUGGAGAGCGCCUAAUAGGGAGGAUAGUGCUAAACAAGCGGAUGAAAGAUGGCACGGUGCCCAGAGACACGGGGACACUGCUGGGCCUCAAGGUGGUGGGAGGGAAGAUGACAGAGUCUGGCAGACUUUGUGCUUUCAUUACAAAGGUGAAGAGAGGAAGUCUAGCAGACACUGUCGGCCAUCUCCGACCAGGUGAUCAGGUCCUGGAGUGGAACGGGAGGGUCUUACAGGGAGCCACAUUCAAGGAAGUUUACAAUAUCAUUCUAGAAUCCAAGCCAGAGCCACAGGUGGAGCUGGUGGUCUCGCGGCCCAUCGGAGAUGUCCCUAGAAUACCAGAGAGCACACAUGGACAACUUGAAUCAAGUUCAAGUUCCUUUGAAUCCCAAAAGAUGGGCCCGUCCAUCUCUGUCACGUCCCCCAUGAGUCCGGGCAUGCUCCGGGACAACCCUCAGUAUCUGUCCGGACAGCUCUCAAGUCCAUGCCUUAGUAGAAGAACCACGCCUUUUGUCCCUAGGGUCCAGGUCAAGCUGUGGUACGAUAAAGUAGGACAUCAGCUCAUCGUCACUGUCCUGGGCGCCAAAGACCUGCUUUCACGAGAAGACGGGCGACCUAGGAAUCCAUACAUCAAAAUCUACUUCCUCCCCGACAGAAGCGAUAAAAGCAAGAGGAGAACGAAAACAGUGAAGAAAUCUCUGGAGCCCAAGUGGAACCAGACGUUCAUGUACUCGCCGGUGCACAGACGAGAGUUCAGGGAGCGCAUGCUGGAGAUCACGCUGUGGGACCAGGCCAGAGUCCGAGAGGAGGAGAGCGAGUUCCUGGGAGAGAUUCUGAUCGAGCUGGAGACGGCGCUGCUGGACGAUCAGCCUCACUGGUAUAAGCUCCAAACACACGACCUGUCCUCGAUGCCACUGCCGAACCCCUCGCCCUGCAUGCAGAGACGCCUCCUGCACGGAGAGAGCCCCACACGCAGGUUACAGAACAAGGGCCCAUAUUUUUACAACUCAGGGUCACAGAGAAUCAGUGACAGCGAGUUCUCUGAUUACGACUGUGAAGACGGGAUUGGUGUUAUCUCAGAGUUCUGCUCCGCCCCCUUAACACCCAGAAAACGUCCACUUGCCCCACCCAAUUCUAACCACCUCACUCUCGUUUCUGUUCUGACUCAUAGUGUGUACCCCCUCUAUCGGGAGGACGCGGUCAGGUUACUGCGUUCCACUAGGAUGGCCCGUGCAUACUCAGACGGGGCUUACAAUAGCAUGGACAGGAGGAUGAGGAGAGAUAGACAAAUGUCUGCCUACAGUGACUCGUAUGAAUCUCCUGAGAGAUAUUACAAUGGGCCCAAUCAUGUAUCUACUCCAUGGCCCAGUCAUGUCAUGAAUGGAAACGGUGGAGACUACAGAGAGGACAAUAUCCCAGAGUUCCCAGCUAACCAUGAACACUAUGAGGAAGAUCUGAGGUAUAGCCGCAGCAUGGUGGACAGACAUGAGCAUUACAGGUCCAGGUCAGCUGACCAGCGGCCCAUGAUGGAGCGACCGGUCUACACACGCUCCCGCUCGUCCGAGCGGCCCGACUCCGGCUACAUGAGAUCCAUGCCGUCUUUACCGUCAGGGAGAUCCGCCCCUCCCUCUCCUGCCUUAACGAGGGCAAACAUCCGCACCGGAUCGGUCCAAACAAGUCCCACCAGCACGCCAGUAUCGAGUCGGAGAGGUCGGCAGCUACCGCAAGUCCCACCGAAGGGCACUGUGGACAGAAAAGAUGGCGAGGGCAUUACCGAGCCUUAUGAAGCAGGAACAGGGGCGGUACCUCAGCCUCCUGCUCCGCCCCCUGUUCUGUCCCAGCUUCCACAGACUCUGGCUGCGGUGGGAGGGGCUUCACAACCCCCGGCCCCACCCCCUCCACCUCCACAAGGCACACAUGCAAUGGCUGCUCAUAUGGGGAUGGAGUCUCCUGUCCCGGGCCCUGCUGCCACCCAUGCCCCCUUACUGCCUCCUACACAUGCUCCUCCCCCUCCUGCACACGCCCAUCCACCUUCUUCAGUUGCCACUCCCCCACCCACACAUGCUCCUCCCCCUCCAGCUCCUGCUCCCGCCCCUCCUCCUCCUCCUGCUGCUGCUCCAUCAUCAUCCUCACCGCUCGUCUCGCAGGCUUCUGAGCCAGAAUCCCAGGAAAAGCCUGCAGCUCCCUCAGCUGUCAAUGGGAGGAAAGAGGUGACAUGGGAGGACCAGCAGAAGAAAGCUCUUGCUGUAGUGUCAGAGUCAACAGUGUCAGAGAAUGGAGAUGCAGGUAUUGUAUACAGAUUGAGUUUCAUGUUUUUCCCCCCCUCACAGCGUGGGAUGGACAGUCUCUCCAUGAGGUCGUCGGACAGUGAUGUAAGCGACGUGUCCGCUAUGUCGAGCGCAUCUCGGCUUAGCAGCACGAGCUACAUGUCUGUCCAGUCAGAAAGGGUGCGAGCGAGCCGCAGGAUCAGCCGUGCGGAGGCUCUUCAGAGUCAUGGAGAGGAGAGCGCUGUCUCUGUGGAAGAGCAGGUGGAAGCCACUACAGCGAGUGCACAGGGGGCGGGGCAUGAUGGGGAGGUGGGUGGGGCUACUGUCAACCCAGAGCAAGAGGAAGAAGAGGAGGAACCUGAGAGGGCUCAGACGGCCACCCCGGGCUCCAACAUCACCAAGAGCUCCAGUGUGGGUGGAGACAUGUGCUCGCUGGGCAGGAACGACGACGAGGACGACGACAAGAAGAGGCGCUCCAGCUUCGGAGCCAAGAUGGCCGCCAUGGUGGGACUGGGGAAGAAGAGUCAAAGCACCUCCCAGCUGGGCCUGGAGGAGGAGGGUAAGAAGAAGAAGCCAGUGCGUCUGGCGAUCCAGCGGAGCGUAGAGACUGGUUUAGCAGUCGAGAUGAAGAGCAGGAUGACACGGCAGCCCAGCCGAGAGACCACAGAAGACAGUGAAAAGGCAAAACCUGGAAAUCUAAUCUUCCCUGGAGUGAAGAUCUCUUCAGACAGCCAGUUCACUGAGUUUUUGGAUGGUCUUGGCCCCGCCCAGCUCGCAGGGAGACAGACACUGGCCACGCCCCCAAUGGGUGACAUCCAGAUCGGUAUGGUACACAGGAAGGAGAGGCUGGAUGUUGAAGUUAUUCGGGCUCGAGGCCUGGUGGGCAAACCAGGGAACAAACAGACGCCAGCACCUUAUGUAAAAGUAUAUCUGCUGGACAACGGGAAGUGCAUCAACAAAAAGAAAACACGGACAGCGAGAAAAACACUGGAUCCUCUUUAUCAACAGCAACUUCAGUUUGAGGAGAAUCCUGAGGGGAAGGUUUUACAGAUCAUUGUUUGGGGGGACUAUGGACGCAUGGACCACAAAUCCUUCAUGGGAGCCGCCCAGAUCCUGUUAGACGAUUUAGAGCUGACAAACAUGGUGAUUGGCUGGUACAAGCUCUUCCCUCCCACCUCAUUAGUGGACCCAACCUUGGCACCUUUAAGUAGUAAACCUCCAGAUUCAAGCCUGGACAGACCCAACGUUUGGUCGUAGCGGCACGAGGAGGUGAGCGGUAGAGAGCGGCGUGAGUAGCUUCAGCUACAGACAGAGGAGACGGUCUCGACGGGUCACGUCCUGGUUACACUGCAUGCUUGAUGUUGUGUCCUCUGAGCCCGUGCGACAAGAGGCUAAGAAAAGGCCUGCGUCCUUCUGCCAAAAAAAAAUGUAUGAAAAGAAAAUGUAUGCUGCUGUCACACGCAGGGAAAGAAAGUCUCUCCGUUCAGCUGAAGAGAUGCAGCCAGGGAUUCGGCGGAGUCUGACUCUUAACCGUAGGACGUUAAGAGUGCCGAUUUCCACCGGAAAAGGAAGACGCCGUUUUACUCUGGCUGCUUCCUCUCUGUUGUAUUCAAAGAGAUGUCAGUGUUUCUUACCUACAGUAGAACUUGAAGCGUUGUAGCCAUUACUGUAAGCCAAGCUGUCAAAAGAAGAUCCAUAAAGAGAGAAGUGCUUGGCUAAGAUGGGACAGGAAAGGGAAAGGGUAACCUCAGAGACAUGGCGUUCUCAUGGGAAUGACCCUACAUCAAGCCAGAUCUCCACUGGAUUGAUUUUCAAAGUUCGGUGAUGAGGAAAUGGAUAUGGCCAGAGUUCCUGUUUGAUUCGGGGGGGAUUAAUGAAAUAAAUAAUGGACUUUUUUUUGUGCUCCGGUAUGAUGUUCUCUUUGUUGAUGUACUGUAUGAAAUUUAUGAGAUGAUUUUUUUUCUUUUCUUUUCUUUUUUUUUUUGCAUGGAUGCAGAGUUGUUUAA